AGUGAACAAACAACUGAGUCGCUGACAGUACGAAAAUGUUAACCAAGCUGAGCACACGCGGCAUUGCGACGCGCCUAACCCAAGUGGCCCAAAAGGCGCAACCGAAGCCGCAGCAGAGCACCAUCAGCUCUGAGUCGGUGUUCGCACGUGAGCACAAAUAUGGAGCUCACAACUAUCAUCCGCUACCGGCGGCGCUGUCCCGAGGUGAGGGCGUCCAUGUCUGGGAUGUGGAGGGCAAACGCUACUUUGACUAUUUGAGCGCCUACUCGGCGGUCAAUCAGGGUCACAGUCACCCCAAAAUAAUCAAAGCACUAGUGGAGCAGGCACAUAAACUCUCGCUGACGUCACGGGCCUUUUACUCCGAUGUGCUGGGCGAGUACGAGGAGUACAUAACAAAACUGUUCGGAUUUGACAAAGUCCUGCCCAUGAACACAGGUGUUGAGGGGGGAGAGACGGCCUGCAAGCUAGCUCGCAAAUGGGGCUACCUGAGAAAACAAAUACCAAAGAAUCAAGCGAAGAUUAUCUUUGCGCGCAACAACUUCUGGGGUCGCACAUUGUCAGCGAUCUCCGCUUCUAAUGAUCCCACUAGCUACGAAGGAUUUGGUCCCUUUAUGCCCGGCUUUGACCUCAUUGACUACGACAAUGUGACCGCGCUUGAGCAGGCUCUGCAGGACCCCAAUGUGUGCGCUUUCAUGGUCGAGCCCAUACAAGGUGAAGCAGGCGUGGUGGUGCCCCAAGAUGGAUAUCUGCGCCAGGUGCGAGAGCUGUGCUCCAAGCACAACGUGCUUUGGAUCGCGGAUGAGGUGCAGACUGGACUGGCGCGCACUGGCCGCAUGCUGGCGGUAGACUACGAGCAAGUGAAGCCGGAUAUUCUGAUAUUGGGAAAGGCGCUCUCCGGCGGCAUGUAUCCUGUCUCUGCAGUUUUAUGCAACGAUGAAGUAAUGCUGUGCAUUAAGCCUGGCGAGCAUGGCUCCACAUACGGAGGCAACCCACUGGGCUGCAAAGUAGCCAUGGCCGCCUUGGAGGUACUGCAGGAGGAAAAAUUGGCUGAGAACGCCUUCAAAAUGGGUGAACUGCUUCGCAGCGAGCUGGCAACCCUGCCCAAGGAUGUGGUCUCCACUGUUCGCGGCAAGGGCUUACUCAAUGCCAUUGUUAUCAGUUCAAAACACGAUGCUUGGGAUGUUUGCCUGAGGCUCAAAGAAAAUGGGCUGCUGGCCAAGCCUACGCAUGGCGACAUCAUCCGCUUUGCUCCGCCCUUGGUCAUCAAUGAGGAGCAAAUGCUCGAGAGCGUCGACAUUAUCAAAAAAACCAUUUUGUCUAUGUAAACGUCAUCAUCAAAAUACAUUUACCUGUUAAGUUAUUGAACGCAAAAGUCUGAAUUGCAUGUACGAAUUUGUAAUAAUAAAAUCAAAGUAAUUAAUUACAUCUCUA